AUGCUUAGCUGGGCCAUCAAGCCCUGGACUGUCCGUUGGGAUGGCGCAGACAGACCCAACGGCAACGGAACCUUACUCGCCCAGCAUUACGGCGGCGUCGACGAUUGGAGUAAACACUAUGAUUGGAUGGCACCUCUUUCAAACACCCUAACUAUAUCAGAGGUAAACGGCAAGGUGCAGAUGAUGAUCUACAACCCUUACCAUAUGGGAGACAUGGGCAAGAGGAUGUUCGACGCGUGA